UGGCGCCGAAAGCGACAGUUGGCUCUUGCAGUCAGACAGAGCAAGACGCCACAGAGCGAGCUAUGAAGUGGAGGAUUCUGCUUUUCACACUGAUCGCACACUGGGGAUGGGUACAGGUCCAAUGUCAGGUCGAAGGGGAACAGAGCCACUCCACAUCGGUGGCGGGAAUGGUGAAGCUCCUCAAGGUGGAGGCACAGCUCAUUGAUGCCCUGAAGGACUAUGCGGGGGAGCUCGAGAAGAAGCUGCAGGCGGUACGCAGUGGUAUAGUCAGCAUGCGGCAGGAGAGCAAAAAGGCGCAGGACACUAUGGAAGAGUACCUUUCGAAUCCGUUGAACUCCUUCAGUCUCAUCCGCCGCAUGCACCGCGACUGGACGCUGUGGCAAAUGUUUUUGGAGGAUCCGGUGGGCCCGGCGCAGUUAGAUCGCAUUCAGGAGCUGCGAGAGCAGAUGCCCAGCAGCACAGACCUCGAGGAGGCCGUCACCGCCUUGGACCGCAUUCAGAGCACCUACGGACUCGAGGUGGCGGACAUCAGCCGUGGCAUCCUCGACGGCAGACAGUACAAUGUCAGCCUGAAUGCCUUGGACACCUAUGCCAUGGGGCAGAUCCUCUUUGACCAGGCCAAAUACGUGGCAGCUGCUGGAUGGCUCUACCAGGCCCUGGCGUGGCUGGAGAGUAACAGGCUGCCGGUUCCCGUGGAGGUUUCCAAAGGGGAGGUGCAGGCAGUGUACGCCGAGACGCUCUUGAAAUUGGACAGGCACGCGGAUGCGUUGAAAGUUGUCAACAUUGCACUAGGGGGCGAUAAGAGGCAUGAUAUUAAAUUGUUGCUGAAGAAAUCUGAAAUAGAAACGCUGAUAAGGACGGGCCCCAACUCCAUCGGCAUAGCACCUACGUUGAAAAGCACCGCACAACCCUUGGGUGAGUAUGAGCGAGGAUGUCGCGGCCUGUUCCCCUCCCCGUCCAAGGAUGGCAGGCUCCACUGUGUCUACAACUCGACCAACUCGGCCUUUCUCCGCCUGGCACCGCUCAAGAUGGAGCUCGUGGGACUGGACCCCUACAUGGUGCUCUACCACGACGUGAUCUCUGCCCCAGAAAUCAGCCAACUCCAGGACAUGGCCACGCCCGGGCUGAAGCGAGCGACGGUCUACAAGGCGAGCGGUCGCAGGAGUGAGGUGGUCAAGACGAGAACGUCCAAGGUCGCCUGGUUCCCCGAUACCUUCAACGAGCUCACCGAGCGCCUGAACAGACGCAUCGCGGAUAUGACCAACUUCGAUCUGUUGGGCUCCGAGAUGCUCCAGGCCAUGAACUAUGGCCUUGGAGGACACUACGACAAGCACUACGACUUCUUCAAUGCGAGCACAGCCUCCAAUUUAACUCAAAUGAACGGCGAUCGCAUUGCCACUGUCCUCUUCUAUCUGACGGAUGUGGAACAGGGCGGUGCCACAGUCUUCCCAAACAUUCGGAAGGCUGUGUUUCCUCAGAGAGGAUCGGCCAUCAUCUGGUAUAACCUGAAAGACGACGGCGACCCCAAUCCGCAGACACUCCACGCCGCCUGUCCCGUUCUUGUGGGCUCCAAAUGGGUGUGCAACAAGUGGAUUCGGGAACGUGCACAGCUCUUCAAGCGGCCCUGUCUCAAGAGGGGAAGUGAUUAAAUGCUCAUGGACAUCGAAAAUAGUAUUACAAUGAAAUUACCUCAUGCCGGAAUGAAUCUAAAAAUAAAUAAAGCCACCAUAGAAAUCGGA